AACAAAACAUAUCAAAAACCCUAAUCAAAACUACAUACAUACUUCACCUUCCUCUGCGCCUGCCUCCCUCCCUGUGAGUAUUUUCCUUUUUUCUUCCUUGGAUUAAAAAUACAUACAUAGCAGCCGCAACAGCACCAGCAGCAAUUGUAUCCUAAUCUUUCCCGUUCUCGUUCUUCCUUAUUUAUAUUCCUCAUACAAUAAAAUGCAAUCCAAUAAAGGAACCGUUUCUAUGGAAGUUGAGGAGGCUGGUCCUAGUGAUGAAGUCAAAGUUGUAGUCAAGCCGAACUUUAAGCCUUUGACUGCUCAUGAGAUAUCUGAUGGCCAGGUUCAGUUUCGUAAAGUCUCUGUUCCAAAACACAGGUAUACCCCUCUCAAGAAAGCAUGGAUGGAUAUAUACACUCCCAUAUAUGAUCAAAUGAAGGUUGACAUUCGCAUGAAUGUCAAGACCCGAAAAGUUGAGAUGAUGACCACACGGGACACUCCUGAUAUCAGUCAUCUCCAAAAAUGUGCUGAUUUUGUCCAUGCAUUCAUGCUUGGUUUUGAUGUGGCGGAUGCGGUUGCCUUGUUGCGGAUGGAUGAACUGUAUGUUGACUCCUUUGAGAUCAAGGAUGUGAAGACCCUCAGAGGAGAGCAUCUUUCGCGCGCCAUUGGAAGGCUAUCGGGGAAAGGAGGGAAAACCAGGUUUGCGAUUGAGAAUUCGACCAAGACCAGAAUUGUUAUUGCAGACACGAAGAUUCACAUAUUGGGAUCGUUUGCUAACAUCAAGGUAGCGAGAGAUUCGUUAUGUAGUCUCAUUUUGGGUUCCCCUGCUGGGAAGGUGUAUUCAAAACUGAGAGCUGUAACUGCAAGACUAGCCGAGAGGUUUUGAGUGUGUUUUUCUUUUGUUUCGAUAAGUUUAAACUGGAAGAUAUGAGUUUUGAGUUUCUUAGGAGUAUCGAUUUAAUUUUAUCAAAUGUAUUGACUAUUGAACAUCUGCUACAUUUGUGGUUUCUUCACUUUGUUUGAAUAUGAUAUGGCAUAACGAUAUUAUAGCUGUUCUUCAGUUA